AAAGUUUUUGUAGCACAGUGGUAGAAUUUUCGUUUUUCUAGCGUAGACCGUGCAAACCUUGUUUCGUCUUCGUCCCUUCCGACUCCGGGAAACAACCACCGCAGUGCACCGGCUGCUCGGCAAUGGCGGCAGCAAGCGUCAUGCCUCCACACGCAGACCCACCACCACUAGCCACGGCGCGUGACCGCACAGCUCCCACCUCCGACCCCCAACGCCGACGAGACGCCCCCACCCCGUCCCUCCGCGCGCUCUUCCUCCGCGCCGUCGACCCUUCCCGCCCCUCGUCGUGGUCCGCCGCCGUCGCGGACCUCCUCUCCUCCGGCGACCCCGCCGCCGCUCUGGCCGCCUUCGCCGCCGCCCUCCGCGCCAACCCCGCCGCGCUCCGCCCGGCCCUGCCCCCGGCCCUCCGCGCCGCCGCCGCCGCCACCUCCCUCGCCGCCGGCCGCCAGCUCCACCUCCUCGCGCUCCGCUCGGGCCUCUUCCCCUCCGACGCGUACGCCGCCUCCGCCCUCCUCCACAUGUACCACCAUUGCUCCUGCCCGCUCGACGCCCGCAGGGCGUUCGACGAAAUCCCCGCCCCCAACCCCGUCAUUGUCACUGCCAUGGCGUCCGGCUGCGUGCGGAACAACCUCGUAUACCCGGCCCUCGCCAUCUUCCGCUCCAUGGUCUCCUCUGAGUCCGCCGGGGUGGUCGACGAGGCCGCUGCGCUGGUGGCGCUCUCUGCGUCCGCACGCGUCCCCGACCGCGGCAUUACUGGUGGCAUUCAUGCUCUUGUUGUGAAGAUUGGCUUGGACGGGCAUGCUGGUGUGGCUAACACGAUGCUAGACGCUUAUGCAAAAGGCGGUGGUCAUGACCUGGGCGCUGCGAGGAAGCUCUUUGAUAUGAUGGAGAGGGACGCGGUGUCCUGGAACACGAUGAUUGCGUUGUAUGCACAGAAUGGACUGUCGACAGAGGCACUCGGAUUUUAUGGUAAGAUGCUGAAUGUUGGUGGUGGCAUUAGGUGCAAUGCCGUGACUUUGUCAGCUGUGCUACUGGCUUGCGCGCAUGCUGGGGCAAUACAGACUGGAAAGCGCAUUCAUAAUCAGGUGGUACGAAUGGGUUUGGAGGAGAAUGUCUAUGUUGGAACUUCUGUAGUUGAUAUGUACAGCAAGUGUGGGAGAGUUGAAAUGGCUAGGAAGGCCUUCUGCAGAAUCAAGGAAAAGAAUAUCCUUUCAUGGUCUGCCAUGAUUGCUGGCUAUGGCAUGCAUGGUCAUGGGCAAGAAGCCCUUGAGGUUUUUAGUGAGAUGAGGAGAUCAGGGUUAAAGCCCAACUACAUAACCUUUAUCUCAGUUUUAGCUGCUUGCAGUCAUGCCGGUCUUUUGAAUGAGGGCCGUCAUUGGUACAAUGCCAUGAGCAAAGAAUUUGGAAUUGAGCCUGGUGUGGAGCAUUAUGGAUGCAUGGUGGAUCUUCUUGGUCGUGCUGGUUGUCUUGAUGAGGCUUAUGGACUUAUUAAAGAAAUGAAGGUCAAACCUGAUGCUGCCAUGUGGGGAGCUCUACUUAGUGCAUGCCGGAUCCAUAAAAAUGUUGAGCUGGCAGAAACUGCUGCGAAUAGAUUGUUCGAGCUGGAUGCAACUAACUCUGGGUACUAUGUUCUCUUGUCCAAUAUAUAUGCAGAAGCAGGAAUGUGGAAAGAUGUGGAAAGAAUGAGAGUUCUGUUUAAAACAAGAGGGAUGGAAAAGCCUCCAGGGUAUAGCUCAGUUGAGUUGAAAGGUAAAACCCAUUUAUUUUAUGUUGGAGACAAGAGACACCCACAGCACAAGGAAAUCUAUGCUUAUUUGGAUAAACUUCUUGAGAGAAUGCAAGAAGCAGGCUAUGCACCAAACACAGGUUCUGUUCAUCAUGAUUUGGAUGAAGAAGAAAAAGAAUCCACGUUGCGCAUCCAUAGUGAAAAGCUUGCUGUUGCUUUUGCGCUAAUGAACUCUGUACAAGGAUCAGUAAUCCAUGUCAUAAAGAAUCUCCGGGUAUGCACUGAUUGUCAUACAGCAAUAAAGAUUAUUACAAAGCUUACUGGACGAGAGAUCAUUGUUAGAGAUAUAAAGCGGUUUCAUCAUUUCAAGGAUGGAUUGUGCUCAUGUGGGGAUUAUUGGUGAGUGAUGACAUUAUGCAAAGAGGCCUUGGUUGUGACUCCAUAUUGGUACUCAUCAGAAUGUCAGAUACUGGGAUCACUGUUUAUGACACUCUUGACUGCAUUUGUCCAAGAUGUAAGGCCCAAUAUAUCAAUGAUAUAGUCUGUCACUUUUCAUCCUGAUUAAGCUGAAAUGGCCUGGACGGCUGGAAUACAUAGCUGGAUGAGGCAGUGGAUCAACUUAUCUUGCUGAAGAUGAAGGGCAGCACAUCUUUGGGCACUUUCAAUAGUCCUAAUACACUUGCACCUUUGUGUGCAAUACAUGAUUUUCAUCACGAUAUGAAGGUUGAAGGGCUUGUAUCAUAGUGGCUCAGCCUUGACCAUUCAUGGAGACCAGGAGUAGAUGUCAUUUUGGAGUACAUGAAUUUCUUUUAUAAUGAUUGGUGUUUUAAUAUUUACAUGUGAUGAGAAACACUGUUGGAAAGUUCAGAAGCUUGAAUUUGUCCAUCCUAGAAUUGUACCCCAAAUAGGAAAAUGGAGGCACGAUCAUUUCUUAAUAUCAACUAUGUUUGGUAACAUUAUAGAAGGUUUGUAUGCUGUUCCCAUUUAAAUGUACAUAUAUCAGUAAACAACACAUGAUACUAUGGAGGAUUAAGGACUUGAUUUCAUUCAUAGUUCAGGCUUUUGAAAUGAGGUUCUUUUAUUAGUAAUGUAUAAAAAAGUAGCAUGCACCUAUGCAAGCUAUCACCCAACUGAAUAGUUUUUUGAAGAAUCACCCAACUGAAUAGUGUUUUGGUGAAAAGUGAGUGAUUACACACCCUUUUAAAGUGGAUUUGGUAGUUGUCACAAUAAGGAAACAUAGAAUGCAGCUAAUUUCAUUGUAUGCAAUUUGAUACAGAAACAGAGCAUCUUUGAUAGUUUUACAAAUAAGUAUGGGCAAGGGUCAUUUGACUUACUCAAGUAAACAAAACAAGAGUAAAAUGCAGAAAGCCACAGAGCUAAAGCUAUCUUCUUACAUAAUUACACAUAUUGUAGAAUUCAUUCCAUAGCCACAAUCCAUUACUUAGCCCCUGGCCUGACAAACAUGGUAUGCCUGGAGGCAACAGGGAUAUGCGCAUUAGGUGAGCAGAUCCGCUGGAUGACACUGCACAUGGAGGCCACGGAUCUGAUGUUUUUCCUCCCAUUUACUGGAUCGGCAAUUGACCUUGCCAUUCCUCACCUUCCUCAAAUUGGCAAUGAUCCUCUUAUCUUACAGGAGUAACAAGGGAUACAGUACAAAUGGAGGAAGCAAGAGUGAGGAGCAGCCACAGAGACUGAGACCAAUAUUGAAGCUUCUGGUGACAAAGGGGAUGGUGGCCUCCAGUGGUUCUACACUGGCAGGAUUGGUGCCUGUAUGCGGAGUAAACCAGUGCAUUCGUCCAAUGGGCCAACACAGAGCGGAUGGUAUUUGAAAGUGAAGGAUGCCGAUGAAUGUUUGAGGAAGAGUGCUGCAGAGUUGGAUAGGAUUGUGUUUCGCUGUGUCACCCAUGUGCAAAGCUCCAUGGUAAAAAGAGAAAUGUAAUGCAGUAGAGAAAAAGAAUCCUUAAGCAUGUGGAGAAAUGAGGGUUUCUGCAGCCAAAACUGAAGGAGGCGAUGGUGGUGGCGUAGGUCAGUGUGAUGAGGGUGCUGAACUGCUGAUGUUUCUCUGGGCAUAUGUUGCUGCUUGCAAUAUCUGAGUACCUGCUGUUGCCUUUAGGUUCCACUCCUGCACACACUGAAGUCUGAACUGUAUUCUGUAACUGCCCUCUGUAAUGACGGAGAUGUACAUUUUGGCGAAUGUAUGCUCUUGGGAUAUGAUUUAUUUUGUGUCUACCUCAGAGACGUAUUUAAUUGGGUUGAACUUUGAAGUGGCACAAAUCAAUUAUCUUUAGCUAUUCUUGGGUCCAAGUGGUGAAUGCGAAACUCUGAACAGUUUACAUGGUAUACUAUGCAAGUAUUAUGGCGUA